GUCCCUUUCAAACAUUUAAUAAUGAAGCUUUUUAUGAACAUUUGAGAAGGAGUCACCGCAUCGAGGGUAGUAGAUUUAAAUGUGCUAAAUGUGAUUUUCGUGUUGAUUGCCAAAAUUGGGACCCCAUCAUAGAACAUAUAAAGAUGCAUGUGCUUAAUAUACAUAUUUGUUGUGUGUGCUCUUAUUACCAUCAUGAUCGCCAAAAACUUUUCGAACAUCUAAAGCAAGAGCAUCUAUACAGAGAUGUUCCGAUCGUGACCAUAAUACGCUCGACAGAGUGCGUCCAAAUAUCAAUAGCCAUCGUAUUUGCACAGCUGAGGAAAACCUUUUCGAGUACUAAAAGCUGCUUCUUUUGCCCUGAAAACGCUGCCAAUUCGUGGGAAACAUAUGCAUCUCAUUUGAAGAAGGACCACUUUAUUACACUGCAAUAUUUUUGUGAAAUUUGUGAUGAGUCACUUCAACUAACUGAAUGUGAUGAUCAUUUCAGCAAACAUAAUCCAACUACAGCGCUGAGAAUACGAUGUCAAUUCGCUACCAAUAAUCACUUGUACAUAGAUACAGUAAAACCUUUGAAGCUGCGUAUAGAAUCCUGCGAUGGGCCCAAUUUCGACCAAAACCAACCUAUUGGCGUAUAUAAAAACAUCGUAAAGCAAGAACCAUGCGAUAAUGAAUCAGAUAGCGAUGUUGAAUUCAUAAAUGAUGAAGAUAUUGUCAUUGCUAAUGAUGCAAAAUUGUCUGAAGCUCAGCAAAGUCGUAAAGUUAUUCGAUGUGUGAACCUUAAAAACCUACAAAAUCAACCGCCGGAUGAUACCAACGUUUCUCAAAGGCCAAUUCUUCCCCAACCUGAGUUGAUAAUGCACCCUCAAGGAUUUUCACAACCACCACUUCCAGCUCCAGAAACACAAAUAUGCCCCCAGCUGUUGUCGCCCACAUCAUCGAACAGCACUUCAACAGCUUCAAAUACUGCAGUAUUAUCGCCGCGGAUAGCAAUACAAAGCUACAAUCCAAAUUUUACUGGUAAUUGCAAUGUAAGGCCGGUGAAAAUUUUCAUAAGGCCUAAUACUACCAACAUGGCAAUGGGCGCGUUAGGUAACCCAUGGAAUAGCAAUUUCCAAUUCCAGAGAUAAAAUAUAAGCAUUUUCUUUAAUCUUUUAAUCUUUUAUUUUUACAAACCACAUACAAAUAAUUUUAUUUACUCCAUUAACACUAUAAGGUGCCUUUGAACAAUUUUAAUUAUUAUUUAGUGAAAAUCCAAAGAGCUGUAAAUGAUUUAUAUAUAUUACACUAUUAAUAUUAUUAUAAUCAAUAUUAAUGUUAAUUAAAUUUCACUAAAAUAAUCGCUCAAAAAAUUAUCAUACACCCAAAAAACUCGUUCUUUAAUAAGAAAUAGCGCUUGUGAUGAUAUUCCGUCGCACUAAAAAUUAUAGCUCUCAUUAGUGGAAUUCGCGCUACUGCUAGCAACAACAAAUCACACGCUCAUACAGUUACAAUUACACAUCAUACAACGAAUACACAGAAGAGCGAAUUCUCCUAUUAUAUCUGCAUAUGAAUAAAAAUAGCAAGUAUUUUACGAUUAAGUUGUACAAUGGAAAAUAAAAUAGACGUGUAUUUUAUUUUUUUACGUAUAAUGUAAAGCUAGUAGUAUAAGUUUGUUGAAUUUUUAUAUUUCCACAAUAUGGCUUUUUUAUUUAUUUCACAUUUAUUUUU